GUUCCGGGUCAAAGUUACCUCUUUGUUUUUCCCAUGGUUACCUCCCUCUGCGAGUUGUCCAUUGAUUUUACAUAAACAUUGCCACUGUAUUCCCGUCUUUAAAAUGAUCCGACCCACAACAGCGGCCCACAGGACCUGUGCCGCUCCAAAGAGCAGAACCAGCGGGAACAGGCGCUCCUAGACUCGGCUCUGUUCCCGGGAUUCCUGCGGACCGGUCUGUCCCAAAGUCCACUGCUGUUUGUGUGAAGACAGAAGACGAGUCCUCACCACUUCAACAAAGACAAACUCAGCACGGAGAGGAGACACAAGGAGAGGGCAUCAGAUCAGAGCCACAUUUCCACUUAAUAUCUGUGGGGGACAUGGAGCACUCUUUACAAACCAACAAUGUCCAGAUCCUCUUUGUGCGAUUUCCUGGUUCAGAACAGGACUCAGAAACUACGCAGAUUAAAGAGGAGCCAGAAGAACAUAGCAUCAAACAGGAAGAAGAGCAACUUCCAGUGUCUAUCCCAGAGUACACUACUGUUCGUGUGAAGACAGAAGAUGAGUCCGAGACGAAAGAUGAGGGAGAAGAAAUCAGAUCAGAGCCACAUUUCCACUCAGAGACUGAUGGGGACACAGACCACUCCUCUGACACCGACAAUGAUGACAACUGGAGACCUCCAUUCAGCUGUUCACCAGCACAAAUGAAGAAAGAGGCUGAUAGAACCAGAGCCAGAAACACAUCUGAACAAAAAUCCCCCAAAUACAAGUCUGUACCAGAGACCUGUGCCACUGUAAACUCUGGAGACGAGUCAAGAACUGAUGAAGGAGCUGAAAGGAAGAAACCCUCUGUGGGUAAAGAGGGACUUGGUUCUAAACCGGUUUUACAAAAACGCACUAGAGUUCGCACAGGAGAGAAAAUAUUUAGCUGUUCACAUUGUAAGAAAACAUUCACCAAAAAGUGUAAUCUUACAGUACAUGUAAGAACACACACAGGUGAAAAACCUUACAGCUGUUCAAUUUGUGAGAAACUUUUUAUUUGUAGGAGUAAACUUGCAGUACACAUGAGAACGCACACAGGAGACAAACCUUACAUCUGCUCAUUCUGUGAGAAAACUUUCACCUUAAUGAAUCAUCUUACAGUACACUUGAGAACGCACACAGGAGAGAAACCUUACAACUGUUCAAUCUGUAAAAAGACAUUUGCCAAUAACAGUAAUCUUACAGUACACAUGAGAACACACACAGGAGAAAAACCUUACAGCUGUUCUAUUUGUGAGAAGGAUUUUGCUCAUUCUGCUAGUCUCAAAGAUCACAUGAGAACUCACACAGGGGAAAAACCUUACAGCUGUUCAAUCUGUGAGAAAACAUUUGCCAAAAGGAUUGGUCUUACAGUGCACAAGAAAACGCACACGGGGGAGAAACCUUAUAGCUGUUCAAUCUGUAAUAAAGCAUUCACAUUAAAGAAUGGCCUUAUAGUACAUGAGAGAACACACACAGGAGACAAACCUUACAGCUGUUCACUGUGUCAGAAAACAUUCACCCUAAAUGGUAGUCUUACACUACACAUGAGAACGCACACUGGAGAAAGGCCUUACAGCUGUACAAUCUGUAAAAAGUCAUUUGCUAAAAACUGUAAUCUUAUAGCACACACGAAAAUACACAUAGACAAAUCUAAAGACAUCUGUUAGAUCUGUUCUGUCUGUAAUACAUGGUACACAACAAGCUCUGAUCUGAAAAGACAAGAGAAAUCACUCGGAGGCUGAACAGAACGUGAUUUUGUCAUGUGUUACUGAGAUGUUACAAUAUUCUUUAAGAGAAUGUCCUGGAUUAAGAUUAAAAAUGCAGAUGUUUGGA